AUGCAAAAUUUCUCGGCUGGACGCUGGAUGGUUUUAGCAAUUCAUUGUUCCUUGGCGGCACUAAAUCCAGUAUCUCUGAGAAUGAAAGCUGUGAGAUAUGUCCCUGGACACGUACCGCGAAUUGUAGCGCGAGUGCGAUGUGCGACCUUGUAUUGCGGGGAUACGCGUGUAGGUGAGAGAUUCUAUUCAUUGCUGAGUAUAAGGAAAAGAGCCCUGGUCAACCAACGACAUCACACUUUGCAAGUCGAUCCACUCGAUUCCACUUCAGCAAUGGCAUUCAAGUUCGUAACCCUGUUCGCUCUGUUGGCGGCUGCCAACGCUGGAUUCAUCCCAGCUCACCAACCACUGGCCUACGCGGCGGCUCCAGUUCUGGCCAAGACCAUCAACGCUGAAGACGACCCUCAUCCUCAAUACAGCUUCAGCUACGACGUCCAGGAUGCGACGACCGGCGACUUCAAGAACCAAUACGAGACCCGCGACGGAGAUUCAGUCCAAGGCAGCUACAGCCUCCUCGAAUCUGACGGAACUCGCAGAACUGUCGACUACACCGCAGACGAUAUCAACGGAUUCAACGCCGUCGUCCGCAAAGAACCCGCUCAAGUUGCCUUGAAAGCCGUAGCACCAGCUGCCAUUGCUGUCAAAGCCGCUCCAGUCGCAUACGCUGCACCCGCUGCAUACGCCAGCCACUACGCCACCCCAGCAGUUGCCAAAGUCGCUGCCCCAAUCGCAUACGCUCCAGCUUACGCUAAAUUCGCUGCACCUUUGGCUUACCACGCACCCGCUGCUGUCGCCACUCACUACGCUCCAGCUUACGCUAAAUUUGUCACUAUUUUGGCCUUAGUAGCCGCAGCAAACGCUGGAUUCAUCCCAGCAAGUUACCACGCACCAUUAGCCUAUGCUGCUCCAGCGGCUUACGCUGCUCCAGCGGCCUACGCUGCUCCAGCAGCCUACGCAGCUCCAGCAUUAGCCAAAGUCGCUACACCUGUCUUGGCGAAAGCUUCCGAGGACACUUACGACCCUCACCCACAAUACAGCUUCAGCUACGACGUCCAGGAUUCCACAACCGGUGACUUCAAGAACCAAUACGAGACCCGCGACGGAGAUUCAGUCCAAGGUAGCUACAGCCUCCUCGAAUCUGACGGAACCCGCAGAACCGUCGACUACACCGCAGACGCAAUCAACGGAUUCAACGCAGUCGUUCGCAAAGAACCCGGUCAAGUUGCUGUAAAAGCCGUGGCACCAAUUGCGAAAAUCGCGACUCCAGCUGUAGCCUACGGAGUACCAGCCGUCGCUAAAUUCGCCACUCCAGUCGCCGCGACCUACGCCGCACCCGCCUACGCUCCAGCUUACGCUAAAUUCGCCGCUCCAGCUCUGACCUACGGAGCACCAGCUGUCGCUAAAUUGGCCACUCCAAUCGCCGCUACCUACGCUGCGCCAAUUGCCAAGCUCGCUACCCCAGCCUUGACGUACGGAGCACCAGCUGUCGCCAAAUUGGCCACCCCAGUCGCCGCCUACACGCCGCACCCCUACAUCGCUCAUGACUUUGACGCUGUGCCGCAGUACAGUUUUGCUUACGAUGUUAAAGACUCGCUGACUGGAGACUCAAAGGCUCAAUACGAAACCCGUAACGGAGACUUCAUUACUUUUGCUGGACUUUUGGCGAUCGCCAACGCUGGAUUACUUCCAGUCCACCACGGCUACGCUGCGUCUCACUACGUCCAACAAGCUCCAUUGGUCUACACAGCUCCGGUAGUCUCACACACCGUGGUGAAGCCAAUUGACGAGGAAUUUGACCACCACCCCCAAUACAGCUUCAACUACGGUGUCCAAGAUCCCCACACUGGUGACUCCAAAUCUCAACACGAAGUGAGAGACGGUGAUGUCGUCAAGGGAAGCUACAGCCUGAUUGAAGCCGAUGGUACCAAAAGAACUGUCGAAUACACCGCCGAUGAUCACCACGGAUUCAACGCUGUUGUCCACAAAGAACCAGCCCACUACGCCGUUAAAACUGUUGCUCCAGUUGUACACGCUCCAGUAGUACACACUCCAGUAGUUCAAGCUCCAGUGUACGCACCUGUCCCAUACAAACCAUACAACAGCUACAACGCACCCCUU